UGUGUUAAAAAAUAAAAAUAUAUAUAUAUAUAUUCUUGUGUAACGUUCGACAAUUUUAAUGCAGUUUAAGGGGGGAAGAAAUAUGAAUAUCACAUAAAAGAUUUAUGGUACUGAUGUUCGAUAUUAAUUUUAUAACAUUGAAAAAAAUGUUUUGUCACGUAUCCUGUAACUUUAGUCACUCGUCUUCUAUAAAGUUAGUGUCAAGAUAGUAAUAAUAGAUACCACCAGGAUCGCUACCGUCGACCGAACAAGUUACAUUAAGUGAAGUAAUUCAGUGAGAGAACACGUGUGUAACAAUGCGGUGGUAUCUUUACCUCAUUCUGUAUUCUAUCAGUAAAAUAAAUCAGUGCUUUAUGGAAGAUGGUAAAAGAUCGAUCAAAAUGGCUUUGUUAGCACCAGGCGACAUUACUUAUCCGUUCUCUAUACAGAAAAUAUUACCUUCUAUCCUUUAUGCGGUACGUACGUUGGAGAAACAAGGGCACGAGGGCAUAUUGAACGAUAGAAAAAUUGAAGUACUACACAGGGAUACGCAAUGCUCUUCAACUUACGGACCACUAGCAGCAUUUGAUUUGUAUAACGGAGCGAGUGCUGACGUAUUUUUAGGACCUUUGUGUCCUUACGUCUUAGCACCGGUAGCACGUUAUAGCACAGUUUGGGAUGUGCCACUUCUAACAUCGGCCGGUGAGAAUGACAAUUUCGAUUUUAAGGAACCUCAUUACAGGUUAUUGACUAGAAUGAACGGUUCAUAUUCUCAAAUUGGUCAAAUAUUCCUUCAAGUAUUACAAAAGUUUAAUUGGACUGUUGCUGCUUUACUCUUCCACAAUUAUCAAGACAGGCAAAAGGGACAUUCUAAUUGUUAUUUUACUUUGGGCGCCGUUUUUACUUCUUUGGGAAGGAAUGCUUAUCAUCACGGAUUCGACGAAACCGAUCCCGAUAUUGAUUAUUACGGAUUAUUAAAUGCUGUAUCUAAAAACGCAAGAAGUAAGUUUAUUUAUAUUAAAUUUAUAAACAAAUUUAUAAUUUAUUUUAAAUUUAAACUGCCCCCACGAAUUAAUUUCUCGUAUUUUUAUAUAAUAAAUAACGUCAUAAGAUGA